AUGGAAAAGAUUAGUCUUUACAAGAGAAACAUAAGCGCGGUAUGCCCUUUAUGUGAAUCACAGGAGGAAACUCUACAACAUCUCUUAAUUGAAUGUGAUUAUGCGAACGCAAUUUGGCCAGGAAUGAAUAUUAAUGUGCAUAGUUUACAUAGUCAACAGAUUAGUGUUUCUAGAUGGAUAGCUAGUUGGUUCUCAGACUCUGAUACAGAUGAUGAAAACCUGAGAUGGAAGACUAUUUUAAUAAACCUUGUUGACUUUUGUCUCAAAGAAGAAACACAAUAUCUUAAGGGUAAAAAUAACAUACAACCACAGCAGUGGACUCCUCCACCAACUAGUCAUUUGAAAAUAAACAUAGAUGCUUCUUUCGAUCAUAAUACAAAGGAGAUUGGAAUAGGUUUAAUUAUUCGUGACUCUGCAGGAUCAGCCAAAGGGAUCAGAGGCAGGUACUACCAUGGAGGAGUAGAUCCAGAGCAGACAGAAUGUUUGGCCAUGAAACACGCAAUCCUGUGGGCCAAAGAACUCAAUCUUCAGUUCAGCAACUUACUUUUCGAAGCAGACUGUAUAAAUGUUACUAGUUCCACCAGCAAAGCUAACUUUGUAGUUCACUGGAUGAACCAGAGUCAUGUAGAUGAAAUAAAGCAGCUGUUAUCGGAUUUUUCUUCCUUUAGUGUUAAUCAUGUAAAAAGAACGGCAAACAAUGUGGCUCAUGUAAUAGCCAACAAAGCUAGAACUUUUUAG